AUAACUCAACAACUUGAGAGCAUUUGUUUACAGAUCAUUGGCCUCGUUUUGCAGAAACACGUUAUAGAGUUUUACGAAGAAAUUCUCUCCUUGGCCUACAGCUUGACAUGCCAGAUGAUUUCACCUCAAAUGUGGCAGCUUUUAGGUGUUCUAUAUGAGGUUUUCCAGCAGGAUUGCUUUGAGUACUUUGCAGAUAUGAUGCCUCUCUUGCAUAAUUAUGUGACCAUUGACACUGAUACUUUACUGUCUAACCCAAAGCAUUUAGAAAUCAUUUAUGCUAUGUGUAAAAAGGUAUUAACAGGAGAUGCAGGAGAAGAUGCAGAGUGCCAUGCAGCCAAACUCCUAGAAGUGAUUGUUCUUCAAUGCAAAGGACGGGGUAUUGACCAGUGUAUUCCACUCUUUGUGGAGGCUGUUCUGGAGCGGUUAACUAGAGGAGUUAAAACAAGCGAGCUUCGUACCAUGUGUCUUCAGGUUGCCAUAGCUGCACUCUACUACAAUCCUGACCUACUUCUGCACACCUUAGAGAAUGUGAGAUUUCCACAUAAUCCUGAGCCCAUCACUGCACAGUUCAUAAACCAGUGGAUGAAUGAUACAGACUGUUUUCUUGGACUCCAUGACAGAAAGAUGUGUAUAAUAGGACUGAGCAUCCUAAUGGAAUUGCAGAACCGACCGCCUGCAGUGGAUGCUGUGGCUGCCCAGAUUGUCCCGUCAAUCCUCCUCCUCUUCCUGGGCUUAAAACAAGUUUGCGCCUCGCGAGAACUCACAGAACAUGAGGAUCAUGCUAAAGAUGAAAAACACGUUGCAGAAGAUAAAGAAGAGAUACCGAGUGAUGAGGAAGAGGCAAAUGAAGUGAGCCAGGCAAUGCAAGAGAACCAUGGUGGAGGAGGAGGAGGAGGUGGUGGAGGUGGUGGAGAGGAAGAAGAUGAAGAUGAUGAUGAUGAUGAUGACUGGGAUGAAGAUGCAUUGGAAGAGACUGCUCUUGAAGGGUUCAGCACACCUCUUGACCUUGAAAAUGGUGUUGAUGAAUACCAGUUUUUUACACAAGCACUUUUAACGGUGCAGAGCCGAGAUGCAGCCUGGUACCAUUUGCUGACAGCACCGUUGAGUGAGGAUCAGAAGAAACAGCUGCAGGAAAUUUAUACAUUAGCAGAACACCGGCGAAAUGCUGCAGAGACUAAGACAAUAGAACAACAAAGUGGCUACACAUUUGACAACAAAGGACUGAUCACCGCAUUUAACUUUGCUGGAAGUACUCCUGGUGGCAACUGAAGGAUCAGCUACAAAGGUCAAUGGGAAGGGUCUCAUCAUUGCAUUUUCUUGAAAUCAUCGUGACUUCUGAGUGAUAGGGGAGGGUAAUUUAAUGCUGCUGAAGGUUUUCUGGAAAAUAGCAGUGUGCUUCCCCCACCAGAAUGCUCUUUCUAACCAGCUACUGUAAUGUACAAAUUCUUGUGGUGUUUUAUAAUUUGAUGGACUGAAAGGAAACAUUUGUUCUCAAGGAACCUGAAUGGCUGGGAGGGGCCAGGCUGCAUCUAAUUAGUUGCACUUCUCAGGUUUUUGCUGUGCAGAAUUGAUAGAUUCAUAUGGAUAACAGUGCCUUCUGUUGUACAUGGAUUGCCUGAACAAAUGGAUUUUGGAGUGCAUUAUCAUUUUUUAAGUGUAAGGACAUUUCUUGAUACACUGUAAGCCUUGGUUCCAUGUUUUCCAGUCACUUGCUUUUAACUACUCAGUUUAAUUGUUUGUUGAUUGCAUACACAUUGCUGGAUUCAGAAUAUGAUCUCAUCUUCCCUAUUUGUUGCAGACCAAAUGUGUAGAGGGAGGUGUCUGUUGGAGUUGCAGAGCAUACACUGGUUACAUCAAAGAGUCUUAACAAAAUUGCAGAUUUUCCCUUGA